UGCUCAGUCCGGGAAGGACAGUGUUGUUUUUCGUUCUUUGUUGAAGUGGGUCGGCCGUGGGAUUGGGAUCGGGAGGGGGUUCCCACCCUCGCCCCUUGGGGCAGGGAGCCGAGGACGGAUUAUUCUCUGCGGGGCGACGACAACAGUUUCCUUUCGAACUACAAAAACUAAUUUCACCUGUCCUCAAAAUGGGUCAAUGUUUCAGCAGUGGAAAAGUUCCAGUGGCGUCAACAUCAAGAAAGGACCCGGAGCAGAAAAAACUGAAAAAACCUCUCCACAAAAUGGAUCAAGUUUCGAGCAGUGGAGAAGAUCCAGUGGCGUCAACAUCGGGAAAGAACCGGGGUCCAAGCUCAGAGAUCACCGAGCUCCUGGCAAGCUGGAACGAUUUCCAGCUGCUGCAGUUGACGGACUUCUACCGGGACAGGCUGGAGCAGGCGAUGGAAGGAGGGGUGUCCGGAGUGAGCCUGGCGUUAACGGCCGAGAAUCAGUUCAGUGGAGAGGAACAUCGGAAAAUCUCUGAUCUCGCUGAUAAGGGAGAGUGGGCGGACAGUUCUAAACUCCUCCUGAGCCUGGUGAUGGAGAAAGGCUCCCGCGCCCGGAGGGUGAUGUGGGAAACCUUUGUGAAAAUGCGGAUUGGUGUCCCAAAGUUGGACAAAAUACUGAAAGAAAUACAGGAACAUGGUUGUGUACCGGUCCAUCAACCCUUACCGGAGAUUCCCAGGGAGCUGAAAGAACUUCAGCAGAAACACAAGGAGAGUCUGCGGGAACAACCUGAAACACUGAGAGUGAACACGAUCCUGAUGAGGGAGAAGGUGAAGGUUUUCCAGCUGGUUGAUCGAUACGCUGAGCUCACGGUGAUUACUACUGUUCGAGACCGGAGACUGGUGGAACAUGAGCUGCUGGCAAGAGGCAGAGACCACGAGGAGUGGAGACACAAACAUCUGUGUGACCAACUGGAAAUACUCCGGAGUGAUCAGUUGUUCCUGAGAAGAUUUUCACGGAAUAAAUCCACAUCUGCGAUUUUGGCAGCAGUAGCCGGAGUCGCGGGGAUCGGGAAAACAACAAUGUAUCCUUACUUUGGGAAUUUCCUGAGAGAGAUCUGGAAGAACCCCGAGGGAUUGCUCUUGAUAUUCGAUGGUUUGGAUGAAUUCAAAGACAAAAUUGAUUUUGCUGACAGUCAGAGAGACACAGAACCUCAGCCCACAGGCACAGAUCCUGAAUUCAAGUGCAAGGUGUCUGACAUUGUGUACAGUUUAAUCCAGGGCAAGCUGCUCCCAGGGUGUUCAGUGCUGGUGACCACCCGUCCGACUGCGUUACAUUUAUUGGAAAAGGCAGAGAUCAGUAUCUGGGCUGAAAUCCUGGGAUUUACUGAUGAGGAACGGAAGGAAUAUUUCAUCAGACAUUUUAAAGAUCAGACUGUGGCGGAAGCUGUUUUCAAACACGUGAAGGAGAACGAGAUCCUGUACACCAUGAGCUACAACCCCUCCUACUGCUGGAUCCUCGCUCUGGCACUGGGCCCCUUCUUCACACAAAGAGUCAGGGACCCGCAGCGAGUUCCCAAGACCAUCACCCAACUGUACUCCUACUAUAUUUACAACAUCCUGAAAAACCACGGCCGUGAGAUUGAGAACCCCCGUGAUGUGUUACUCAGAGUUGGUCAGUUGGCCUUCAGAGGAGUGUCCGAGAAGAAGAUUGUGUUCACAGAUCGAGAUUUGAUCAAGUACAAUCUGCAGCCUUCCCAGUUCCUAUCCGGGUUCCUGAUGGAGCUUUUGGAGAGAGAGGAUUCUGCCCGGAGCGUGGUGUACACAUUCCCGCACCUCACCAUCCAAGAGUUUGUAGCUGCAGUCGCACAAUUCCUGAAUCCCCAUCCCGGGGAUAUCCUGAUAUUACUCACUGAAGCCCAGAACAUGACAGAUGGGCGAUUUGAGGUAUUUCUCCGUUUUGUUGCUGGUCUCUCCUCCCCAAUGACAGCUUGGGGCCUAGAGGAGUUUCUGUGUCCACCUCUACAUCAAACAACCUACCGAGUGAUUGACUGGAUGAGGGAGGAGGUUAAACGUCAGAGUGGAAACACAUGUAGUGAAGCUGGUAAAAGGAGCCUCCUGAACACAUUGCACUACCUGUUUGAGUCUCAGAAUCGUGGACUGGCUCAGGCCGCACUGGGAUCUGUGGAAACACUUUCAUUCAGUGGAAUGCCACUGACCCCGAUUGACUGCGCGGUCCUGUCUCAUGUCAUCGGACACUGUGAUACAAUAAAACACCUCGACCUGGAGAACUGCCACAUUCAGUGUGAAGGAAUCCAGCGGCUGGUACCCGGGCUGCACAAGUGCCUGGAGUUGCGACUUGGGCUUAAUGACCUGGGAGAUUUAGGAGUGAAUCUGGUGUCUGCGGCUCUGAUGAACCCGGAGUGUAAAAUACAGAAAAUGUGGCUGGACAAUGUCAAGCUCACAGAUUCUGGUGCCAAGGAUCUCGCCUCCGCUCUCAGUACAAACCCAUCACUGACGGAGCUGAACCUGACUGACAAUGAACUGAGAGAUUCAGGAGUUAAACUGGUGUCUGCGGCUCUGAGGAACCAGGAGUGUAAAAUACAGAAACUGUGGCUGAGGAAUGUCGGUCUCACAGAUUCUGGUGCCGAGGAUCUCGCCUCUGCUCUCAGUACAAAACCAUCACUGACGGAGCUGGACCUGAGUGAGAAUGAACUGGGAGAUUCAGGAGUUAAACUGGUGUCUGCAGCUCUGAGGAACCAGGAGUGUAAAAUACAGAAACUGUGGCUGAGGAAUGUCGGUCUCACAGAUUCUGGUGCAGGCGACCUCGCCUCUGCUCUCAGUACAAACCCAUCAAUGACGGAGCUGGGCCUCGGCUGUAAUAAACUGGGAGAUUCAGGAGUGAAACAGGUGUCUGCGGCUUUGAGGAGCCUGGAGUGUAAAAUACAGAAACUGUGGCUGGACAGUGCCGAUCUCACAGAUUCUGGUGUCGAGGAUCUCUUCUCCGUCCUCAGUAUAAACCCAUCACUGACGGAGCUGGACCUGAAUGGUAAUAAACUGGGAGAUUCAGGAGUGAAACUGGCGUCUGCGGCUCUGAGGAACGCAGAGUGUAAAAUACAGAAACUGGGGCUGGAGCGUGUCGGUCUCACAGAUUCUGGUGCCGAGGAUCUCGUCUCCGCUCUCAGUACAUACCCAUCACUGACGGGGCUGAAACUGGGACUAAACUCGCUGACAGACGGAUCAGUCCCCGCUCUCCGCCGCCUCAUACUGAACCACCAGAGGCUGAAGUGGAUCGAGUUGCUGAAGAAUAAGUUCAGUGAGACCGGGGAGAAGGAACUGAGACCUCUGCGGGGAGUCAGACCCGGACUGACAGUGGCCGUGUGAACAUCUGAAUGAGUGAACACCCCCACCCAUGGGAUGGCAACAUUUUGUCCGAUUCGCCGCCCUCCCCUUUAACUCCCGCCCUUAACUUAAUUGAGGCACACCGGGGGUAAUUCCCAACAGUUUUAACGGAACCUGCUCCAGUCUUGAGCUCGGUGACAUCGGAAGCGGUCCAUCGUGACGUAUAUCUGCCUGUUGUCCGGCGGAACAGCUUCGGCCGGAUGUGCGGGCUCGAGACUUCGCCACUUGAGACUCUGGGGAAUCACACAGACAGGAAGAGCCCGGGAUCCGGGACUCAGUCUGGAAUAGCGGUGUCCCGGGGUGGGAUUACCCCGGGAGAGAAUCCUUUUGCUCCCUUUGCUGAGGACGGUGCAUUCGGCAGUCUGGCCGAUAUAAUGAGGUUAAAUGGACAAUUACCUCGGCAGUGACACUGGAUCUGCAGCGAUAUCGGACACGACCCUGAAGUGUGAUUUUAUAAUCAUCGGUUCCCCGAUGCAGAGUGACGGUGAGAAACGGGACUGAUUAUUCAAACUGUCACUCGUUGUCGCCAGUCAGUUAAUUGUGUUUGACUGUGAGUGAGUCGAUUUACAUUUGUCGUGACGAAAUCAA